AUAUACAAUUGUAUAAUUAUACUUGUUUUAAAUUAAAUUACUAAUCGUUUUUCCCCCUGCAGAUAGAGCUAUGAAGUGCACAGUGUGCUGGGGUGUCCUAAUGAAAGACAAGGUGUGCUGUCCCAAAUGUGGUGUGCACAGCCAUUUGAAAUGCCAGCGAACAACUUGUGGAAUCUGUGUGAUCUGCAGUUCAGGUGGAGAAGGAAAUGUUAUGUUUCAACAUCUACAAAAGGAAGAACGUAAGCAUACAGAGGAAAGCACAAGACAAACUCCAGAUGAUAAGGAUCAACAGGGAGGAGAGAAAAGGGAAACUUAUAAAACAGACAAAGUGGAAGUAAAAAAAGACCAAUCAAAGGGUAAAAAAUGCAAGGCAAGUGAUGCAUCAAAUAGGGAAGAAAAGCAAGACAUCAAGGAGGAAAGACAGCAACAAACUUUUGACACAGAAGUAAAAAAAGAACAAUCAAAUGCUAAAAAACGGAAGGCAAGUGAUGCAUCAAAUAGGGAAAAAAUGCAAGACCGCAAGGAGGAAAGGCAGCCACAAACUUUUGACAUGGACAGUGAUAUAGGUCAUGAAGGUGAAGUAGAAGAGGCAAGUGACAGUGCAGGAUGUUCUCUGAAUAACCCCACAGAGGGCAUUAAGGGCAUUAAAGUCUUUGGACGCUUAGCCCUCACUGGCCAGAGAAAGACCCAGUAUAUUGUCACAGAAGAAGAAAUUCAGCGCAGAAUAGAAGGAGAGAACAUGUCCUCUAACGUUUUUAGAGAUCUGCUAGGAGGCCGCAAGAAAAAUUUGCCUGAAAUAGUCCUCACCCUUCCCAAGAAAAUGAAGACCAAAACAAGCAUUUUUAGUGCUUUAACAGAGGGGGAGGCUUCAGACCUAGCCACUGGUCUAACCAAAAACCUAUGUCAAAAUGUCAGUCCAGAAUUGGUACGCAAGGACAUAAGUGACCAGAGUGCAGAAGUGACCAGGACAACUCUCACUAGCGUACGUGCCAACUUGCAAUCAAGCCUGGACUCUGCAUCACCCUUCAGUUUGUUAACCCACACAUUUGGUCCACAGGCAGUUGAUGGGGUGUUAGGUUUCAUCAUAGAAAGUUUAAAAUGAAAUGCAGUAAGUAAACUUCACGUUUUUACCGCUAGCAGCACCAAACCUUUUGUGAAUGUUCAGGUUAAAUCAGAAAUUCUUGUUUUCAGUUUUAUUUCUACAGAUUACAUAUAGAUACUUAUAGUUCAUCUUUACAAGGCUUUCUUGAUUGAGAAUAAAUUUGACAUAAAUAUUACGUGGGUCAACAGGAUCCUGUAUGUCUAAAAUGCUCUCUUUAAUUUCAUAAAAACAUGCUCAUUGUAAAAGUUUUUUUUUUUUUUUUAAUUUAUUU